GAUGAUUAUUUGGAGCAGGAACGUUGUAGAUAUAAUGUGAAGGGAGGAUGUACUUCUCUUGUUGUUUUACUGUUAGAGGGCAAGAUGUAUAUAGCCAAUGCUGGUGACAGUAGGGCAGUUUUAUGUCAUGGGGAUAAGGUACAAGCAAUGAGCAAAGAUUUUAACCCAGUCACAGAUAGAAAGAGGAUUAAUUACAUUGGUCAUUUACACCCAGAAUUACUCCAUGAUGAAUUUACAUGUUUAGAAUUUCCACGACGUGUCAAUAAAGGUGACGUAGGUCAGGCAAUGUUGUGUCGCAAACCAGGCAGGGAUGGAUGGUGUUACAAAACCAUUGUAGAAGAUGAUCUGAAAUUUCCCCUUGUAACAGGAGAUGGUAAAAAGGCACGUAUAAUGGCCACUAUAGGAGUGACACGUGGACUAGGUGACCAUGAUUUGUAUGUGUUUGACUCUGACAUUUGGAUUAAACCUUUUCUCUCCUGUAAACCAGAGGUACGUGUGAUAGAUCUUACAGAACAUCAGUGGACAGAGGAUGAUGUUUUGAUACUUGGCACUGACGGAUUAUGGGAUGUCAUUACAAACCAAGAAGCCUCAGAUAUAGUCCAUAAAGAAUUCUCAUCUUGUAACAAAACUGAUCUUAAAAAAUAUACCAUAGCCGCUCAGGAACUUGUGUCAGAGGCGAGGGGACACUUUACAGGUCAAGGAUGGAAGAAGAGGAAUGGUGACACAGCUUCUUUUGAUGAUAUAACAGUUAUGAUAAUUCCUAUCUUAACCUACUUAAAUCAGUGGAAAGCAGGGCAUUUGUUAGAUAGUGGUAUAACGUAAUGGAAAUAUAUUCAAUGAUUUAAGGUUAGCCGGAACUGACAUGAUUAGCCAUACAACGGAUCUCCUCAUGAUGAUUAUAAUACCUUUAUAAGACCUUAUUUAAAACCCUAUAAUUAAAGUUAAGUUAAGUUAUAUAAUGUAUUAUUGUGAGUGACUGAAUUGUUACGCAAAUUAUUAUUUAUUUAAUAUUGACUUAUGUUUUCCUCAACCAUGUGACCAAGUAUAUAUGUUACAGUAUUACAAAAAUCCUAUAUUUUUCAGUACUGAUAAUUGUAUGGUUAAUUAAUUUGUUAUGUAAAUUAUUAUAUACAUGUUCUGGUUUCCUAGCAGUUUACGGCCCCAAAUUGCACUUGUUUACUUAUAAAAUACAAAUUUUGUCUACGGAUAUUAUAAAACAGAACACAGGUAGGUACCUGUCCAGCAUUACCUUGUUUUUGAUGUUGCUCUUAUACUUUAUUUUUUUAUUGAAAUAUGACCAUGUAACACCUUUUCUAGCUUUUAUUUAUAAUUUCACAGCAGUAUUCUUUUUUUCAUUUUGAAUAUCAUUUCUAACAAGUAAGCAAUGUGAAGGUGAUUUUAUUUUAGAAAUUUUUUUUUCCAACUUUCUUCAUAUCAUAUGCAAGUACAUUGUUCAAAAGUAGUGAAUUUCCUGGAAUACUCAAUAGGCUGCAAUUAUUGUAAAUGAGCAUUCAAACUGGAAUUCCCCAGGUGUUUCUUUUAUUUCGAAUGCAGCAAGUAACUUUUAAACAACAGGCAAAUCUUCAAAAUAUAUAAAACAAUAGGAAAAACCAAAUGUCUCUCUCUUUUAAUGAAGUAACAUAGAUGCCUUAUUGGUUAAAUUAAACAGAAUUGGACUUAAACGAUGAACGGCCUGAAAACUGCUAGGGUCUGGAAGCUGCAAGAAAACCAGUACUGAAUAGCUAACAUGCUUAUAUAAAAUUACAAUUGUAAGUUAAAAUAUAGUACAGUACAAAUAGUCAAAUUUUAAUAUCUUAAAUAUUUUAAAAAAAAUUUUUGUUGAUAUUGUUUGCUUUUCUUUUAUUUGAAAUUAUUGUUUUUAAGAGAUUUUCACUUUUGUUAGAUUAUUUUCUUGUUUUAUUUACUAUAAAUGUGCCAUUGUUUAUAUGUUACUUAUUUAUAAAAUGUAUAAAAAAAAUAACAACAGUUAUAUUAAAAUGCAACUCUUGAUCAGGUAAUAAUUUAUAUCAAUAUGUUUUGAAUUGUUAUCAGAUGAUUAAAUGAUAUGAGCCGCAUCACAACAAAACAAACAUAGUGUGUUUGAGACCAGCAUGGAUCCAGACCAGCCUGCGCAUCUGCGCAGUCUGAUCAGGAUCCAUGCUGUUCACUUAACAAAUCUUUUUCAAGUAGAGAAACUGAUAGCGAACAGCAUGGACCCUGAUCAGUCUGCGUGGAUGUGUAGGCUAGUCAGUGGAUCCAUGCUGGUCGCAAACGCACUAUGUUGGUUUUGUCGUGACACGGCUCAUGUAAUUAUAUUGCAUAGAUAUAAAACAUGUAAUAGAUGUUAACAAUUCAUAUGAUGUAAAUAUUAAUUGGGACUUUUGAUUCGUUUCUAUGAGAUAUGUGCUAGCUUAUGAAAAGUUCAGUGGAUCUACUCUGGAGGUUGCUUGUGUCCAAAAUUAAAGCAUUUAAAGGGACUCCACUGAGGUUUAAAGGCUAAAAACAUACCAUUUGAAUUUCUUACAUAAAUGAGGUAGGACACUUUAAACAGAAAUAUAUGCAAAGAUAGUUAAGAAAUAUACUUUGAAAUAAAUUGAAAAUCUUAUUUUUAUGCUUUUCUUAGCCCAAUAAGUGAAAAGUGUUUAAACCCUUUUCAUUUUGGGUCAUUUUUUUACAAUUUGAAUAAUUAUUCUGGAAAAACAAAGUGCGCGUAUGAUCUGAAAUUUUGCACAAAGAUCAGUGGUGUAAACCUACAUCAAAUGGUACAUGUUUCUGGAAAAAAUAUUUUCAGUCCGAUCAUGUCAAAAAAACCUUAGUGGAGACCCUUUAUAAUAAUAUAAAAAUAGUUGUUAACAAUUUUUAUUAUGAUAUGAAUAUUCAAUUCAGUAAAUUAACUCACAAGGAGACAAUGUGUAAAGUUAUUAUAUGAUAUGCUGAAGUAACGAGUUAUGAUGUUAUAUUGUACUUAUUUAUCUAUUAACAUAAAAUCAGCUAUUAGGUAAUGUUUGUUGAAACAUCAAUAUAGAAGAUGCAUUCCAUUAAAGAGUACUGGUAUAUCUUGUGUUUUAGAUACUUUUUAUAGUAUGUUAUGCAGAUUAUAUUGAAAUGCUAUUAGAGACACAUUUUUUUUAAACUUUGAAGACUUUUAAUCAAACAGUUAUCUAGUUCAUAUUUAUUAUUAUCAGUGUUUUCAUACAUGUAUUCCAUACAGAGUUUGUGAUAAAAUAUACAUUCCAUAUUUAACAUUCCCAGGUUUUUUUUAACUUACAUGUAUAUGUACCUUUAUUUUUGUUUUGUUCAAACAAUUCUUAAAUUCAUGAUUUAGCAGGUUUGAUGUUGAACUUUUUCAAUAUCAUGAUUCUAUUUACUUGUCAAUUUUUCUGCCAGUUAUUUGUUGUGUACGUGGAGGAAUGGAUAAAUUGUAAAAUUUCUGAUGUUUGACUAUUUUUUCUACAUUUCUGAUUACUUUUAACAAAUAAUUUUGAUAAAAUUGUGCAUUUUAUGUUUACAUGUACAGUUUUAAACAUUCUGUCAAUAUGAAAAAGGAAAACUGACAAAUAUUUAUGAUCGGAGUUAAGAUUUCGAACCGAAAACCAUUGUAAUUGAAGAAAAGCACAUUAUCAGUGAGGCAAGCAGGAUAUGUGAUAAAAUGUAAGUUUCUAUGUAAUAAUAAUACAUGUAUAUAUAUAUACUGUUGUGCCAUAUGUCUAAUGUCCAAUUUUUUUUUUUUUUUUAAUCAUUUGAAACUGAGCCUUGCCAAAUAAAGAAUGUCAUUAUAUAUGUAUUGAUACAUCUCGGCAGUCAAUAUUGGCAAAUACAGUAAAACUUCUGUAGAGCAAUACCUCGUGAGAUUGUUGCCGAGAGGUGUUGUUCUAGAGACGUAAAAUUCAUUCUGAUGUUAAGGGGUUAAUGGUGUACAGAGGGUCACUGUAAUACAAAUACUUUUGUCUAUAUAUAUUUUUUGGGGGUACAUUCCCUCCCCUUCCCCCCUCUCCCAAGCAAUGAAUAUUUUUUUUAAAACAUUCAUUGUGUAGUCAGGGAUUUUUUUUACAGGUUGGAGAAUGCAGCCAUGCCCUUAAUUUGGGGGGAAAAUUACACAGUAUAUUUUCAAAGAGGAAGAGAAAACUUUAUGUAAAUUAAAUUUUUGGGAAAACUGCAUAAUUUUAAUGAAUAUUUCUUUGGGGAAGCAGCCCUAUAACAGCCCCUGAUAUAGCCCUAUAACAGCCCCUGAUAUAGAAGGAAAAAAAACCAGAACAGUUGAUGCCUGUGUGUGUGCAUUUCAAUAAUCUUUAUAUUGAAGUGUAGAGAAACAUUCCAUUAUCUAUAUUUGAAUAAUGUUGAUACAAUGAAGCUGUUAUAUUUUUUAUCAAUGUCUGAAGUUUAUGUGAUAUGUUUUAAAAUACAAAAUGUACAUUGUAGCUUUAAAACUUCCAGUUUAUAUUAAAAGUCUUACAUCAUU